AUGAGCCAUCUCAGGCCAGUCUCCCUCACCUAUGCAGCCUGCAAGGCUCUGGAGAGGGUGGGCCUGGUGCGUUUUCAGUGGAUUCUGGUACAGAUGCAGUUCUUCCCAGCAGAGCAGUCGGGCUUCAGGCACUACCGCUGCACGGCGGAUGCAAUUGCGGAAGUUCUCGCCACUCUCGAAGAUGUCAGGAGCUCCGGGGACGUGGUCAUGCUGCUACUGCUGGAUGUGGAGAGCGCAUUCGACGGCCUCCAACAUGCGGUCGUCGAGCCUGCCCUGGACAGACUCGGCAUCAACGGGUGCUUCCGGGGUUUCGUCAACGCCUUCCUGACUGGGAGGACCAUCAGCGACAGUGUUGGUAAGGAGCUGACCUAA